AUGGCUGCUGAUGGGCAAGAUCCGCAUGAGGAGAGCAUAAAGGUUUGCUGCAGGUUCCGACCACAAAAUCAGUUGGAGAAAGAGCAGAGCGGCCGGAUCUGUGUCACAAUCAAUGGAGAUGGCACUUCCGUGUAUGUACCCUCCAUCGACAACAGCUUUGUUUAUGAUCGGGUCUUUGGAGUCGACGCGACACAGAAGGAGGUGUAUGACUACGCGGCCAAGCCUAUCAUCAAUGGCGUGCUCCGUGGCUUCAAUGGAACAGUAUUUGCAUAUGGUCAGACAUCUUCUGGCAAGACCCACACCAUGGAGGGACCAGAUAUCGAAGAUGAGAUCCAGAUGGGUGUCAUUCCAAGGAUGGUGUGGUCAAUAUUCGAUGGGAUCGACCACGCAGCAGACUACAUCGAAUUCCUGGUGAAGGUAUCCAUUGUUGAGAUCUAUAACGAACGUAUUCGUGACUUGCUGGAUCCAAAGAAGGACAACUUAAAAAUCCACGAGGACAAGGCUCGGGGUGUCUUUAUCGGCGAAGUCACCGAAACAUAUGUGGGGUCUGAACAGGAGAUUUUUGACAUGAUGAAAGCUGGCAAGUACAAUCGUGCAGUUGCAGAGACUAAUCUGAAUGAGCAUUCGUCAAGGUCACACCUGAUCUUCAUGCUUACCAUCGAGCAGAAGAACCUGCAUGACCGCUCCGUGAAGGUUGGUAAAUUACAUUUGGUGGAUCUUGCUGGGAGCGAGAAGGUUGCCAAGACAGGGGCGUCUGGUGAGCGGCUGGAUGAGGCCAAGAACAUCAACCGGUCACUUUCGGCUCUUGGCAACGUGAUCAACGCACUUACUGACCGCAAGUCGAACCAUGUUCCUUACCGCGAUUCCAAGCUGUCAAGAGUCUUGCAGGAGUCACUCGGAGGCAACGCGAAGACUUCAUUGAUCAUCACAUGCUCUCCUUCGUAUUUCAACGAGCAGGAGACCGUCAGCACACUACGCUUCGGUCAACGCGCCAAGAUGAUCAAGAACGUGGUGAAGGUUAACCACGAACGCUCUGUGGAGGAGCUGAAGCUUCUGUUGCAACGGCGAGACCAGGCAGUGUCAGAACUCCGCGGUCGUGUUCACCUGCUGGAACAAUUGCUUCAGUCUAACGGGAUCGCGGUACCAGAGGACAAAAGCUCGGCGGUUUUUCUACCUGCUGGCGCGGUACCGACUCCAGUCGACGAAGUGCAAAGCGCCGAGCUUGAGGAGCAGCUGCAGGAGCUCCGAGGUAAGCUCAAAACGUCAGCGGAGCAGCUGUGUGAGGCGAACAGGGAGAAGGAAGAGCUGCAGUCGCAGCUGCGAGUGGCAGAGGAUGAAAAGCAUCGACUGACGAUGCAAGCUAUGGACGCACAAAAUGACCGCGAAAGUAUCGAAUAUGAGAGGAACGAACAGGUGUCUGAGCUGGAGAAAUUGCGAAAUGAAAAAACCUGGCUGUCACAAGAGCUGGAGGAGCUGACCAAGAGCCACCAGAAUCUUAUCCAGUCAACUGCCGCGACUACGCCAACCAAUAAAGGGCCCAUGGUUUGUUCUCGCUGCCGGGCGUCUUCAACUGAGGACAAAGAUCCGGAGCGGCCUUUGAAGAGAAAGGUCUCCCAACUGGACAAAAACCUGGAGCAGCUCACAGUGAUGUACCACAAGUUGGUUGCUCAAAACAGUGGGCUGAAGGUCGAAGUUGCAGAAAGCGACAAAAAGAUCGAGCGCAAGGAUCAGCGUAUUCAACAACUGGAAAGGAACCUGCGUGAGGCGAAGCAGAAGUACGAAAAACUCUUGACGCAAUGUGCGAAUCUCACUGCAAUGAUUGACGUGAGAGGGCGCAAGAACUGUACAUGUGGCGCGACUGGCAGCAGUUCACAGGCACCUUUUUCUGCAUGCACAGCGGGUUCCCUUGAGUCGGUCAGACGCUGUUCGUUUGCAUCCGCUUGUGUCUGCAAAGCUCGUGCACAGCGUUGGCAAGCCUCCACACAACAUUCGGAACUGUCCUGGACUGUUUGGAGGGGGUUGCUGUCAUUAUAA